AUGUCCAAGGGCGCACUUGUACGUCGUAUCGAAUCACUCGAGGCACAACUUGCCGCCGUCUCGAAAGGGAAACCCUCUAUCGCCCAAAGGGAGGGCGAGCAGCUUGACGCGACAGCCACGCAGUCACAUGGCCAGAAUACGAAGAGAAACCACCACUUGCAUGGUGUUGUCCGAUUUUUGACUCUUGGUCAUGACUCCAAUGAAGAACAGUCGUAUCUUGGACCAUCAUCAGGGGUAUCUCUGGUUGAGAAUGUCAAGAAAAUGCUUCAUUACGCCGAAGAGGGGAAAUUACUUCCUGUAACUCCCGGUAAUCGGCCACAGCAGCCAUUCAUGCCAGAUACUAGUGACGAAACAAUGGCACCUCCACCAGAUGAUGAAACUGGGGCUCAGAUCAUCGAUGCUUAUUUCAAAAAUACACAUUCCCGUCUUCCAUUUUUAAAUGAUAGUGAGAUCCUCGAAUUGCAUGCAAAAAGGUACCAGCCAAUUGGAACAAGCCCGGAAGGACAGUUUGGUCGAUUCAAACUCUACAUGGUCUAUGCGGUCGGGUCGGAAGUAGUUCAAAUGUCGGGAACAUACGAAUCGACCCCUCCAAGGGCAUUCCUUACGACAGCGUUGCGUUUCGAUCCAACCUUUCGGGAAUCGAUGUCUAUCGCCAGCAUCGAAGCGAUGAUGCUUCUGGUAGUACACACUCUAGUUUCCACGUCAAAUUCCAGUGUCUGGUACAUGAUUGGGUUGGCAAUGAGAACCUGCAUCGAUUUUGGAUUGCACAGGGAAUCAAGAUAUCAGAAUUGUAACCCGAAGGAGGCUGAGUCGCAUCGCCGACUGUUCUGGUGUGUUUACAUCGUUGAGCGCCACACUGCCUGGGCUCUCGGUCGGCCAUUUAGUAUUCCCGAAGAGGAAAUUGAUGUCGAACCUCCAUCUAAUAUAUAUGUCUCUAUGGAUACUGAUCAAAUGCUUGAGAUGACUGACCAGACUCAACCCAAUUUACAACCUCAUUCUCCAAAGCCAAAACUUGGCAGAUUUAUCGCAACCAUCCGGCUGCAAAGAAUAGUCUCCGACAUACACACGCGCAUUUUUCGCAUUGAUCGGCCCGCCAUAAGCCUAUUACCAGAGAUCACAACCCUAAUGUCUACACUGCAAAGUUUCAAAGAGAAUCUGCCCCCUCUCGACCUUGCCGAAAAUGAUUUUAUCCAAAUGCACUGGAAUAAUGCUAUCCGGGUUGUACUCCAACCUUUCCUAGGCCUCCUUCAUCCGGAAGACAAACUUAUCAGUACCAGUCUGAACGCAUCUGGACAAAUGUGUCAACUUUUCAAGAGAAUUCGUCAAAGGGACUCAACCAUUCACUCUUUCCUCCUUGUCAACUCAAUUUUCGCUGCAGGUUUGACCAUGUGGUAG